AUGGCGCUCACUGCGACCGCUCAGUCUGCUUUGCCACCCACCCCGUCCUGGGACGAGACCAUUGUCCCAACUCUUCGUAAACGUCUCGAAAAUGAGAGCCGAAUGCUCACGAAACGCAUAUCGGCCGUCUCUAUCACCUCCGACGACGAUUUUGAUUUCGCCUCCAACUCGCAGUACUAUCACCGAACCCCCGCAUCCUCCCAUACCCACUCGCACUCCUCACAAUCCAAACCCCCAUCCACCAACUCUCGCUUUGUCCCAUCUGCUCAUGAACGCGCACAGGCAGCAAGCCCAACAUCUUCAGGCACCAAGCCGAGUGGCAUCCCACGUCCGAGCUUGCAAACCUCCCGGCCUUCCAUAUCAGACAGUCGUGAGCGAUCGACAACGCCCACCGGUGGCAACGGCAGCGUCAUAAGCACCGACUCGCGUCGUUCUCGCUCCAAAGGACCCGCUCAGGCCACCGCACCAUCUCAACAACCCACGACGGCACGCACGAGGACACUGUCCCAGCCCAAGUUGCUCGAUCGGGCCGCGGCAUUGGAGCAGCCCAAGAAAGCGCCCACUCGGAUCCCCAUACCUCGGAACAGGGCAGGGAGUGCGUCCAGUCCGAAUCAGUCACCACUGCUGCAGUCGAAUGCGAGCAUGUCCAGGAGCGACAGUCGGAUGAAUGGCAGCGUGAAUGGCAUAAAUGGAAACGGGUACGCGAACGGUAACUACGCGCUGGAACCCGAGGACCUAAAGUCCGUCACGCUUGACGAACGCGACUACGAGGCCCGAUCGGCCGCGCAGCCUCGGUACGGUAACACCAGCGCGAGUGCGGCUGCGAUGCAGCGUGUCAAAACCAUGGACGACGACUAUCCUCCCCGCCCGUCGACCGAUUCUGAAGAACGUCCAUUUGAGCACUGGUACCGCGGUGAAGUGGCCCGUAAUGGUGGUGUCGGUGAACUUCGUGUCGGUCGUCAUCUCGAGAUGCUCGAGAUCGCCAAUUAUGGUCAUAAGGUUCGUGCGGCGGAAGCGAGGGCGGGCAAGAGAUCGUCCAUGGGCAGGAGAAGGGCCGAGAGUAUCGGACUUGCUGGUGGCUCUGGCAUGGGCACUGUAGGGUCAAGACAGAGCUUUUAUAUGGAGGCAGACGAUAGUCGGGUGGAGAGAGUGCUGGAUGAGGUUCCCUUGACGGACGUCGAGUCGGAUACGGGGUCGAUAUUGGAUGACUACAUCUCGGUGCAUCCUCGUUCGGCCUCCGCACUCGGAUUCGGCGAGGAGAGGGAGCGGGAGCGGUUCGAGGAUGAGAGGCAACGGAGCGAGACGCCGACCGGGAUGGGGGCUGGGGCCGGGGCGGGACAGCCCAGGGAGAGGAAGGUCUCGAGAGCGGGUGGUGGUGAUCUGCCGACGUCGAGGAUCCCGACACCGACGAUGAUGAAUCGUAAAAUGUCGGACCCUCCAGCACGCACGCCCACACCUACCUCCAAAGCCAACCUCACCGUCAACACCGCCGCAGCCGCGCAUGGCUUACCCUCACCACGCACACCCCGGUCCGGCAACACCACCGCUAAAUCACCCUCUUCCUCACAACUUCCAUCUACCUCUACGCCCAUCACCAAGAGACGGGCAAAGAGCCCGGGUGACACGCUCGUUUCGCCGGCUAAUAAGAAGACGAAGACGGCAGGAGGGAAGCAUACGCAACCGCCCGUGACGCCGAUGCGGGGUCGAGAUAAUGGGAGAGGACGUAGGGACUCAGACGAUAGGCGGUCGAUUGCGGAGUAUCCAGAUCCGGGCGACGGGGACUUGUCGAAUGCAAUACCGACGUGGUCACAGCCUGUGCCGGCGAAGGGCAAUUGGGACGAGGUCGUGUUGCCGGCCGUGGCGCGGAAGAAAGGGAUGGAUGAGCAUUACACGCGGGUGGAUGGAACUCCACAGCCGAAGAAGAAGAGCAUGGAACAUCAACCGGCACCGGGAACCUUUGGAUUCGACUACUCUAAAUACAGCUCGCGUCAACCCCGGCUCUCAGGAACAGACGGUUUCGGACGACGGACUGAAGAAGAGAACUCAGAUGACAUCGAGAUGGACGAGCAACAUGAGCAUUCAUAUCAAGAAGAGUCGUAUCCAGAAGAUGAAUCACCACAACCACCACCAGAAGACCAACAACAAGGACCACCAUCGCCCAAACCCAAACCGCCGAUACAGAGACGAGAAACGGGAGAUCGGAUACGGAGACAGGUGCAGUCUCCACCUUCGCCUGCGCCGUUCUCACAUUACAUCAACGCUGGCAACAGUAAUGGUGAGGGUGAGGGCGAGGCUGCAGACGUGGCGCAGUAUGCGGCACAGAUGGAGAUGGACGAGAGAGGGAAGGAGGGGCGUGGAAGGCAGGAUGUGGAGGAGGAGAAGGGGGCGGGGUGUUGCAAGUGUGUGGUUAUGUGAACAUCGGCUCGCCCCCGGCUCUUGGUGCUUGUGCUACUGGUCUUGUUCCUUCAUGGCCAGUCUUUGUCCCUCGCUCUUCGCUCUUCGCUCUCGUUUCUGUUCUCAGUCGGAUGGAUGGUUUGUUGGAGUUUUUAUCCUCUAUGCUUCGUUGUGUACCCCUUAUUGAUUUGUUGCCCCCACAUCCUAUUUCUGCCUGGUUCGUCUUCCAUCCGCUCACCCACCCACCCCCCUUCGCCCUUCUCUGUUUCGCCUUUUGUGCAUAAGUUGAUGACGCACUUGGCGUCCCAGUCGUCGCUCGUUACACUCGUUCCCUUCGCUUUGCAUGGUCCACUCACAUUCAUCCACCAUACCCCUUCUCACUCAUCGCCCAUCGUCAUUAUUUGCCUUCGUAUCAUACCCCGCUAUUUCCCUUUCGCACUCCCUGUGUCGAUGCUCUCUUUUGUGAGUUAGAGUGUGUUCCCUUUCGUGCCCUUAUCGCUUGCCCUCUCACCCUCGUCUUUCCAUGGAUGCCCUCCUCCGGUCCGGCCAUCCGACGAGCUAGUAACAUCGCCAUUCCCUCAAACAAACCCGCCUCACCUCUGCGCUCCUUGAAUACGCCCUCCCUUCCGCCUUACACCAUCUGUUCCUCCCGAUGUCUCCUCUUUCUCUCUUAAUCCAUCUUGUUCUCCUGUCCAGGGUGUCUGUAGGUCGUUUUCUUGGUUGAUACGAUACCAUGUUUCACCAUGUUAUUCUCUCAAUCGAGGCGGCAAUCGCUCCACCACGCUCGUUCUUUUAGUCUCGUCUCUUCCUCGUCCUCGUCUCUUUGCUUCCCUCUCUCCGUCUCCGUCCUUCCGUUUCCCUCAAAUUUGCCUCUAUCUGAACCUCUCUCUCUCGCUUCUUCUGUUGUCGGUUUUCUUUGGGAUCUCCUUCUUCUCUUCCGUCUUCGGUCCUUGCACACGCAUUUCUUUCGUUCGUAUGUCGUUUCGUUUCGUUUUCCUUUCCUGCGCUCCGUCUCGGCCAAAUUCCGUUUCGUGUCCUCCUCUCUUCCCUUUCCCCUUUUCCCUUCCUUGCUUUUGCUAUCAUGGAACACUCAUGUUUUUAUUAUCGCCAUCUAUUCUCUUUCCUGUCUCCCCUCUCUGACUGUUUAUCGUCUCUAUCUUGUCGGCACCUCAGGUGAUACGGCUCACCUUAUAGCUUCACUCAUCGCCUCACCCCCUCCUACCGACUUACCUACCUGCCUACCUACUUUGCUCGCUCACGAACGCUACGGUCCCGACCUUAGUCCUCCUCUCAGUCUCAGACUUUAUUCUGGGUGGAAUCCUUUCAUCUUUAUUUCUCGUUUAGCUUAGAGUACGCAUGUAUUAACGUUUUAAUUAUGGACUGUGUUCGAUAUUUAGUUUUUUCUGCUGAUCCUCUCUUUUGAUGUGUCUGUGUGGGACCUUGGCUUCUGGCUGUUGACCUUGCCAGCUUGCCACUUGCGUGGUGAGCUGAGUCGUGGGUUUUGUGUUUGUGGGUUUUGUCUUGUGUUUUAUGUGGAUGGGUAUGUGGUAUGUAGGUCAUUUUUCGAGUUCGGGUUCGUUGGACUGUCAAAUGCCUGGGGUCUGCAGAGCGCGAAAAUAACAGAGGAUGU